ACAAGAGUUGUGUAUAUAUCACUUGUAUGGUAUGGUUAUAAUAUAUUUGUUUAAUUUCAAUAUCAAGUAUAUGAAUGAAUAUAUAAUUAAGGUUAAGUGCAAUAGGAUGUUGUCACAAGAUUGGCACGCAACGAAAAUUCCUUCUAAAUUAUGUUAUAAUUAGUUUGCUCAAAUUUACAUAUUUCAAUCUAACAAAACAAUAGCAAAAGGAAAGGAAUUAUCAAUUGACAUACAAGCUUCUCGUUACAAGAAUACUUAGUAUUAAGUGAGAGGCUCAGGCCGACUGAAGAAGACGAAAGAAACUUUAGCAACAACUGGCGUAGCUAUUCUUAUAGAGGUAUUUUCUAUAUUUAGAUCACGACCGCUUGACAAUUCAACUUUGAAAAUGAAAAUUGAAUUGUUAUCUAGCUACUACAUUUCGGAUUAGUUAUAAUAAAGGAACAGCGUUUGUUUAAUCGAUCGUUCAAGAUGUCGUCUGCUUUUCCGAUCAACCAAUCAGAUUUCAAUAUUACAACUUAUUCCUGGAUGUCUACAACUGUUGACCAAUGGAAUAUUAACGUUACAAGUUCCUUUCAUAAUAUGAGUAGGUUUAACAACGAUUUUCCGAACGCAACUACGUUUGUAGACUAUAGUUUUUUGGUGCCCUCGUUUAUAUACGUGUGUUUGUUGUUAUUGGUUGGAUUGCCAGGAAAUGCACUAGUUAUCUACGUUUAUUUAUUUAAAUGGCCGAAAUCAACAUCUCGUGUUUUCAUUCUUGCUCUCGCGACAUACGAUAUGAUAAAUUGCACAACAUCAAUGCCUACUGAACUAGUAAUUUUGUUGAAUUUCGAACAUUUCGACUAUCCUGUCUUGUGUAAAAUUUCAAGAUUCUUAACAGGAUUGAUUAACAAUACGACAACAUUUCUGUUAGUCGUUAUAGCAGUGGACCGAUUUAAACGAAUUUGCAGACCUCACAACAAACAUAUCUCUCCCAGACUAGGGAAAAAGUUAGUAUUUAUUGGGACUGUUUUUGGAUUAUGCACUAACUGGCCAAUGUUGAUACUUUACGGCACGAUGACAAUUCCUGGUGGGAAAACGUGUCUGAUAGACGACGAAAUGUUAAAAACGAAUUAUCCAAUAUAUUUUGUUUUAUUCUUAUUGUUGGGACACUUUGUAACAGAUUGCAUUCUUAUAACUCUGUAUGCCUUUGUCGGUAAAGCAAUAUGGAACAGGAGACAGAUUCUGAAAUCAACAAGUGUAAAAGUUCCGAAUCAGGAAAUAUCUCAAAGCAGUUACACAGUGGAUGACCUUGACUCAAUCGAACAAGAACAGAAGCGAACUCGCCUUGCCUCGUUUGUAUUUUGGCACAAAGUUUCAGAUGAAUUUCGAAAACGGAGUAAUACAGCAGAUAAACUUAAACCAAAGAAUAGUCGAUACACGCCACAAAAGAAGUCAACAUCCCUUUUUCGACGAGCUCUAUCAAAGAUAUCUUUGAAAGAACAAGGCAACAAAGCUCGUGUAGGAAAGACAACUCUGAUGUUAUUUUUAGUGACUGUUGUUUUUAUAGUAUCGUUCAUUCCGUAUACAGGAAUGGUAAUUUGGCGGUACGUUAAUCCGAUUCAUGUGAUGACCCUUUCAUUUACUGGGAAAUGUAUCUAUCAAAUGACUUUGAGGUCAUACUUGAUGAACAGUGUCUUGAACCCUAUUGUUUACUGUUUUGUGAGUAACCAGUUCAAAAUUAAGUGCAAAAGAGCUUUUAAACAAUUUUUUUGCUGUGGUAAUUCAAAAAAUCCUAACUCGAGGUCUGUGUCAGGAGCACAUAGUGGAAACGAACACACCGAAAUGAAAGCAAGAAAAAGUUCAAAGUAGUCGUUUUUGUCUGAAAGAUGUAAUAAGUAAUACAGAAAAAUAAUAAAGAAAUUGUUACUUUU